UCAGGGUGGUCUGAAAUGGACCCCAACUGCUCUUGCUCCACCGGUGGUUCCUGCACAUGCGCCGGCUCUUGCAAAUGCAAGGAGUGCAAAUGCGUUUCUUGCAGGAAGAGCUGCUGCUCCUGCUGCCCUGCGGGCUGUGCCAAGUAUGCCCAGGGCUGCAUCUGCAAGGAGGCGUCGGACAAGUGCAGCUGCUGUGCCUAAUCCCAGGGAGCCCGUUCCCGAUGUAAACAGAACCACAUGUACAAACCUGUAGUUUUUUGUGUGUUCAUACUACCUGACCCAGUUGCUACAUUCCCAUUUUUGUGAUCUCUUUGAAUGAGAGUAAAUUCAUCUAGA